AUGGCUCGAACAAAAAGAACAAAAAAAGGUGCCGUUUCCAAAGGUCCGGAGAAGAAGGCCGUCAAAGAUGAUCUUAUGUUGACCAUCGAGAGUGGCUCCGAAGAUGAGACCCUCGUGCCUGAAGAACCUGAGUCCGAGGAAGAAAAGCCUAAAGAGAAUGAGGAAGAAGAUGAUAUAAAUCCUGAGUUCAAAUUUUCUCUAGACGGAUUCGAGACGACAAAUACUGCUGAUGGAUGGGAUUUCAGAGUCGCUGAGGAGAAUACCGAAACCAAAAGAAAGGAUGUCAACUUGGACGAUAUUUUGAGGAGCAAAGGUGGUCUUACAGGGCUUGUAGGAACAGAAGGAAACGAGAAGGACAAAGAAAAGGAAAACAACAAGAGCGAUAACGAGAGUGAGACCGAGAGUGACAACGAGAGUGACAACGAGAGCGCUGAUGAAGAAGAGGACGAGAACGAGGCCAAUAACUCUGACGAUGACGAAUUGGCUAUGGAUGGAUUUGGGAUGAAUGUGAAGGAGAGUGAGGACGAGAAUGAAGAAGAGGAAGAAGUUCAGGAAGAUGAGGACAAGGAAGACGAAGACAAUGCAAGUGACUCCGAGUCCAAUGAGGAUGAAGAUUCAGAGGAGGCAAUCGCCAAUUUCUACGAAAAGGCGGAGGAGUCGCAAAAACACACCUCUUUCCAGACCCUUGACCUCUCACGUCCCGUACUCAAAGGUUUGGCAAAUCUUGGCUACGUGAAGCCUUCUCCUAUCCAGUCUGCCUCCAUACCCAUUGCCUUAAUGGGCAAAGAUAUAGUGGCCGGUGCCGUGACUGGUUCUGGUAAAACUGCAGCAUACAUGAUCCCAGUGAUCGAGCGUCUUCUUUACAAGCCCACCAAAGUGCCCCUGACAAGAGUGGUGGUGUUGACACCCACAAGAGAAUUGGCCAUACAGGUAUGUGAUGUGGGUAAAAAGAUUGGCCGUUUCAUCAACAAUUUAUCCCUAGGAUUGGCUGUUGGUGGUUUGAACUUGCGCCAGCAGGAGCAGCAGUUGAAACUGAGACCUGAUAUUGUGGUGGCAACACCUGGUCGUCUUAUUGACCAUAUCAGAAACUCGGCGUCUUUCUCGCUAGAUGCUUUGGAAAUCUUGAUCAUGGAUGAGGCCGACAGAAUGCUCGAAGAGGGUUUUCAGGCAGAGUUGACGGAAAUCUUGACGCUCAUUCCAAAGCACCAGAGACAGACCAUGUUGUUCUCUGCUACGAUGAACACGAAAAUCCAGGACUUGAUCCAGUUGUCGUUGAACAAACCAGUGAGAAUCAUGAUCGAUCCUCCCAAAUCGGCAGCGUCGAAAUUGGUGCAAGAGUUUGUUCGUAUUAGAAAGAAAGACGAAAUGAAGCCUGCCCUUUUGUUCCAUCUUCUUAAGAUCUUGGACCCAGCACAGCAGAAUCGAACGGUGGUGUUUGUUUCACGUAAGGAGACGGCCCACAGACUCAGAAUCAUUCUUGGUUUGCUCGGUAUGAAGGUAUCUGAAUUACAUGGAUCGCUUUCUCAGGAACAGCGUCUCAAUAACGUCAGUGACUUCAAGAGCUUGGCAGUCCCGGUGCUUAUCUGUACCGAUUUGGCUGCUCGUGGUUUGGAUAUUCCAAAAAUCGAGAUGGUUGUCAACUACGAUAUGCCCAAGACCCACGAGAUUUACUUGCACAGAGUCGGUAGAACAGCCAGAGCAGGAAGAGAAGGUCGCUCUAUAACGUUUGUUGGAGAAGCAGCCGCAGAUAGAAACAUUGUCAAGGCGGCGAUCAAGUCAUUGGAGGAAGACAAAAAGAGCGGCAAAGCGGUGUCAAGAAACGUUGAGUGGGAAGAGGUCGAAAAAAUCAAUAAGAUUGUUGAAGACAAGAAAGAGGUUGUGGAAGAAGUGUUGGUUGAAGAGAAGCUGCAAAAGGAGCUCUUGACGGCCGAGAUGGAGUUGACCAAGGCAGACAACCUCAUAAAGCACGGCAAGGAGAUUCAGUCGAGGCCCAAGAGAACGUGGUUCGAAACUGAAGCAGAGAAGAAGAAACACCAGUCGGAGGCCAUGCAACAGCUCACAAAGAACAAGCACCACCUCAAUGCCAAAAAGAGAAAACAGAAGGAGGGAAGGAGCGAGGGUCCCAGCUGGAAAAAGACCAAAGCCGUCAGAAUGGCCACGCAGGGUAAGCCCAGGAACGCCAAUGGCAGCAAAAAGGGCAAAAAGGGCAAAAAAUGA